AAACCUUUUGUUUAACAACAUUUUAUAUUUUUCAUUUUAAUGCAACCACCUCAUUAAAUAGAAAUUAAUCGAUCACAUUAUUCAGUAUCUCAAUAUGAUAGGUAUUAGGUAAUCAUGAUAGAUGCGUAUUUCAUUUCUUUACUUUCUCAUCUCAAAUCAUACGUGUAGUUACAUGAAGUUAUUAGGAAUAAACGAUUGUACAUAUUUAUCAAUUUCUAUCAACAGCUGAUUAACAUACACGAUGCUCAAUUAUUAAUUAUUCCGAACUCGUUGCUUAUAAUACUUGAACAUAGCUGAUUUAGAUGAAAUAUACAAGACGACGAUCAUCAAUGGACGUCUCACGGUCUGUCAAACGCAUAAAUUCGAUAAUAAUUUUCCGAUCGAGCUAGAAUGGCUCAAAACAUGGUGGAGACGUUCGCACGAGGAUUAAUAGACCAGAUUGUAUUGGAAGCUUUCGAUCAAAUUAAAGUUCAAUCCAAGAAAGAAGUGUCAUACACUCAUAUGCAACACAGUGACACAUAUAUAGAUUACAAAGGAAGGGAAGACAAAGAAUUGAUAGAAAAUAUAAUUCAUGAUCUACGAGGUGUUCAAAUUGGUGACACAUCUUAUUUGUUAUCAUCAUCUAUGUCAGUUUUAGAACAACGUCAGUCGAGACGUGCUGCGUGUUUCAUCGAUAACGCGUCCAUCGAAAACGCAUCGAUCAGCGUCGUUGAGAUGUCUGACAUUCAAGGUCAAGGUGACGUCGAACCAAUAACAAUUGAUUCCGAAUCAUCGAAAAAGAAACGAGCUAAAUCAACGACCUGUGUUAAAGAAACAGAUCAACUUGGUGUUAACGAUGCCACAAAAGUAUCCACCAAUCUAUUGCAUCGAAUGAUCGAUGAAUUAGAGACCGUAACCGAGGAAACUAUAACAAAUCCUAACGACCCUGACAUAUACGACGAAAAAUCCAAAGAAGACAUUGCUCUUUGGGAAGAAAAAGAAGAAAAAUUGAUUCGAAUAAUUGAAGAUACCGUAGGAUCGCACGAUAGUAUUACCGAGGAAUCUCGAUCGAUUAGACAAUUCAACGUGGACGAUGAUAGGGAAGAAUUAAAAUCGUCUAUGAUGAUGUCGGGUGCUUCUUCCUCGAGGAAUCUUUCAUUCGACGAAGUUUAUAUAGAAGAAAAUACGUCAGAUUAUCAACAAACUCAGCAACGUGUUUCAAUCGACGAUGAAAUUGAAGAAACUCGUGAUUUUUUCGUUGAAACUAAAGAUACUGACGAGAAAACUAAUUCGAAAAAAAAGAAAAAGAAGAAGAAUAAGGAAAGUUUAGGUCAAAGACUGAAAAGAUUUUUCCUCAAGAGAUUCAAACGUGGAAAGAAUUGAUGAAAUUACUUUCCUUAUUUUUUUGGGGGGGAACAAAAAUGCAACACUUUCGGUUGCAUUCCUUUAUUAUUUUUUUUUUACGUACACAUAAACACACACACACACAGAGGCAUAUAUACAUUUAUCUAUGCUGAUAGUAUUAUUUUGUAAUGAAGCGACGCUCAGUACGUUCCAACACAGUGUCGAUCGGUUGUGUCGAGCAAGUAAAAAUAACCGAGCAGUUUGAUCAUUGCAUAGUCCUGCGACAGAAUUACUUUUCGAGGGAGGAGAUGACAAGGCGUCGCGUUAAAAAAGAAACUCCCCCACCUCUUAAAAAUAUAGAAAUUCAAAAGUAUCCAAACGAUUUCUAGAGAUUCUUUAUUAUUCUUAUUAUAUAUAUACAUAUUUUUUUUUAAAUACCUACAACAAUCUCACUUGUCUUUUUUUUUUGUACGAACAUUGUAUCGUCAUUUUCUAUGAUCGUUUUUCUAAUACACCCACGCACCCACACACACACACAAAUCUUUCCCAUGAGCAUGUAAAUAAAAUAAAUUUGUACAACAAUCAUAGAACGCCUGAUGUUCUUCUAAUGGUAAAAUAAUAAAAGCUCCGUCUAAAAGUUUAAAAUAAAAUUUCCGUUAAUAUCGUAGCUUCCUGUGCAUCGAAGGUCAUGUUGGAAUUGGUAUAGGUGUAUUUUCAUUUUGCUGUAUUGUUAACAUCUUAACAGGCUACAGAUCUGGCAACCCUGACAGAACGUCGAGAAUACCGCUGUUGAAAACCAUUUAUCGUAGUAGGAAGAACAUUCGUGGCACAGGGUUCCUCCUCGAACUGUUUUUGGACCGCAACGUUGCCGAUGACUCUCUUCUUCGUCAAGAUGACUUAGUUUCAGCAUGAUCUUUCUCGUGUAUCCCGAUCGUAGCGACAUCUGCAGAAAUAAAAUGAAUAAAUUUGGUAACACCCGGUACCACUUCUGUUUCUACCUUCGUCUGAUCAGCAUCAUCCCAUAGAAGCACCAGACCAAUCUACAAUGG